CAGGUGCAAGCGCGCUCCUUUCACUCCUUCCCUUCCCUCUAUCAAUACAUUUAUCUCUCUCUGUCGCUUUCCUCCUUUCCGUUAAGGUCCUAUAAAAAUCCCUGCGGAGUUGGGAAUUCCUUGUCUGCUGCAAUCCAAGAGAAAAAAGAAAAAAGAAGAAAAAACCAGAUUGACUGAGAGUUUUGAGCGGGUUUAGGGAGAUGGCUGCUGCCGGAUUUGCUCCUGCUUCUUUGCCUUCUCUGAGGAGCGGGGAGUCAGGUUUGGGUUUUGCCAAGAGUGUGGAUUUCACAAAGGUUGCCUUUGCCGCUGAUUCCCGCAAGAUCGUUUCCAUUUCUCGGAGGACCAAGGCACCUUCCAUCACUAAUUCUGCUGGUUCUGGGUCCGACACUGUUGAGCUGGAGCCUGCUUCUCAAGGGAGCCCUCUCCUCGUUCCUAGGCAAAAGUAUUGUGAAUCUGUUCACAACACUGUGAGGAGGAGAACUCGUACAGUGAUGGUUGGAAACGUGGCUCUUGGCAGUCAGCAUCCCAUCCGAAUUCAGACCAUGACUACCUCUGACACGAAGGAUGUCGCCAAGACAGUUGAAGAGGUAAUGAGAAUAGCAGAUAAAGGAGCAGAUUUGGUUAGGAUAACAGUUCAGGGAAAAAAGGAAGCAGAUGCUUGUUUUGAUAUAAAGAAUAGCCUUGUUCAGAAAAAUUACAAUAUUCCUCUAGUAGCAGACAUCCAUUUUGCUCCUUCAGUUGCACUGAGAGUGGCUGAGUGUUUUGAUAAAAUUCGUGUCAACCCAGGAAAUUUUGCUGAUAGGCGGGCCCAAUUUGAAAAGUUAGAAUACACAGACGAAGAUUAUCAGAAGGAGCUUGAGCAUAUUGAAAAGGUUUUCUCUCCGCUGGUUGAGAAAUGUAAGAAAUACGGAAGAGCAAUGCGCAUUGGAACAAAUCAUGGAAGCCUUUCUGAUCGUAUAAUGAGUUAUCAUGGGGAUUCUCCCAGGGGAAUGGUUGAAUCUGCAUUUGAAUUUGCAAGAAUUUGUCGGAAGCUGGAUUUCCAUAAUUUUGUCUUCUCAAUGAAAGCCAGCAAUCCAGUCGUCAUGGUUGAGGCAUAUCGAUUGCUUGUGGCAGAAAUGUAUGUUCAAGGAUGGGAUUAUCCUCUGCAUUUGGGAGUAACUGAAGCUGGAGAAGGUGAAGAUGGGAGAAUGAAAUCUGCAAUCGGCAUUGGAACUCUUCUUCAGGAUGGUCUUGGAGAUACUAUCCGGGUCUCCCUCACUGAACCACCUGAGGAAGAGAUUGAUCCUUGUAGAAGACUUGCAAACCUUGGAACACAAGCUGCAAAUCUUCACAAGGGAGUGGUGCCUUUCGAAGAAAAGCAUAGGCAUUAUUUUGAUUUCCAGCGUAGAACAGUUCAAUUGCCAAUGCAGAAGGAGGGAGAGGAGGUGGACUACCGUGGUGUCCUACAUCGUGAUGGUUCCGUUCUUAUGUCCGUGUCCUUGGAUCAGUUGAAGACACCAGAGCUUCUCUACAGGUCUCUUGCCACAAAACUUGUUGUCGGCAUGCCAUUCAAGGACCUUGCAACAGUUGAUUCUAUUCUUCUGAGAGAGCUUCCUUCAACUGAAGACAUUGAUUCUAGGUUGGCUCUCAAAAGAUUGGUUGACAUAAGCAUGGGAAUUUUGACUCCUUUAUCAGAACAGUUAACAAAACCAUUGCCCCAUGCUAUUGCCCUUAUAAAUCUAAAGGAACUUUCAUCUGGUGCCCAUAAGCUUCUGCCAGAAGGUACUCGGUUAGCUGUGACUGUUCGUGGUGAUGAACCCUAUGAGGAACUCGACAUCCUUAAAGAUGUUGAUAUGACAAUGUUGCUACAUAAUCCACCAUAUAGCGAAGAAAAAAUCGGCAGAGUUCAUGCUGGACGGAGGUUGUUUGAGUAUUUACAAGACAAUAAUCUGAAUGUCCCUGUAAUUCACCAUCUACAAUUUCCUACCGGGACUCACAGGGAUGAUCUAGUAAUUGGUGCCGGGAGCAAUGCUGGUGCUCUUCUUGUUGAUGGUCUUGGGGAUGGUGUACUACUUGAGGCACCUGACCAGGAUUUUGAUUUUUUGAGGAGCACAUCUUUUAACUUACUGCAGGGUUGUAGGAUGCGAAAUACCAAAACGGAAUAUGUCUCAUGCCCUUCUUGUGGCCGUACACUAUUUGAUCUUCAAGAAGUUAGUGCUCAGAUAAGGGAAAAGACAUCCCAUUUGCCUGGCGUUUCAAUUGCAAUCAUGGGCUGCAUUGUGAAUGGGCCAGGAGAAAUGGCUGAUGCAGAUUUCGGGUAUGUUGGUGGUACCCCUGGAAAAAUUGACCUCUAUGUGGGAAAGACUGUGGUUAAGAGAGGCAUAGCAAUGGAGCAAGCACCAGACGCACUGAUCCAACUGAUAAAAGACAAUGGACGUUGGGUGGAUCCACCGGCUGAUGAGUAACAGAGUUGCAAUCAAAGGGGAUUAGGUUAGCUUUGGAUAUAAAAACAUAAACAAAAUUGUUCACAUGGAAUUGUAUUCCAUUCCCAUAAUAGUGUGUAAUUUACUUGGAAGGGAAUAAAUAAACAUAAAUGAAGUCAUUUAGCUAUUAAUGAUCAGUAAUUGUAUUUAUUGUUCUC